UAAGUUGCGCCUAUUCGAGAAGUUUCUCCCUUCAAUAAAAUCUCCCACCGACGAAUUCUCUCGUUUCUUUAAACUUUGGUGUCACCCGAUUUCCAUUGCAAACUAAUCAUCAUCAUCAUCACCGUCUACGUACCCUGUGAAUUUUCUCAGCUGAAGGAAAACAUGGAGAACGAACAUAUGGUCGAUAUUUAUGUUGUCUGGAGGGGGAAGAAAUUGUGUGUGGAAGCGAACUCAAAGGAUACCCUGAAAGAGUUUGGACAAAAGUUACAGGAAUUGACUAAUGUUAAAUCUGAUACUAUGCGGUUACUUGUACCUAAAUCUUCCAAUAAAACUUCAAGUCUGUUAAUGCCUUUCUCCAAUGAACACUCAAGUUUAAGAUUGCAAGAUUCUUCCAUUCUUGAGGGAAAGUCUAUUAGAAUGAUGGGAGUAUUUGAAAAUGAAAUUGAAGAGGUUUCACAAAUUGGUACAAAAGCUGACUUAAGAAUAGCGGGAUUUGAUGAAGAGGAAAAGAGGUUGAGGGAGAGAAUGUCAUAUAGAAGUCACACCAAGUUGAAACUUCCACAAGGCAAUUACAUUUUUUGUGAUUUCCGGACACUACAAAUUCCAGGAUUACAGUUGAACCCACCUGCAUCCGAGGCUUUGAAAAGGAUGCAUAGGCUGGCUGCUGAUCCAGGAAUUGUAGCCAUCAUGAACAAGCAUCGUUGGCGUGUAGGGAUUAUGACAGAGUUGGCACCUGUGGGAUAUGUUGGCAUCAGUCCAAAGUGCCUUCUUGGUUUUAACAAGAAUCAAGGGGAGGAAAUAUCUCUGCGCCUUAGAACUGAUGACUUGAAGGGUUUCCGCAAAUAUGAGAGCAUAAAGAAAACUCUGUUGCAUGAACUUGCCCACAUGUUGCACUCCGAACAUGACGCUAACUUCUAUGCCUUAGAUAAACAGCUCAAUGAAGAAGCUGUUAGUUUAGAUUGGACAAGAUCAAGAAGCAACACUCUGAAUGGACGUGGGUGUUUGGAGUAUUUCGAAGAUAUUGAAGACGACUAUGAUGGAACGUCCAAUAGCAUUUCUCAUAAGCUUGGUGGGGAAACAUCAGAGCUGUUAUCAUCUGCUCGUGCAUCUUCUGUUGCUGCUGCUUAUCGCCGUUUAGUAAAUGUCUCUGCCAAUAGUUUGGGUGUAUCGGAAGUACGUGAGGAACCUGAUCCUGAUGAUUCUGAAAUUGAAGGGCAUGGGCACUCUACUUUUGAUGAUCAAAGAACACUAGAACUUGAUUAUAGUGAUUCUAGAGGUGAAACCGCAAUGGAGAUCGAACAUACUUCGAGCACCAAUGGAAAGGGAAUUACAUGUGAACCUGAUCCAGAUGAUUGUGCUGAAGUGGCAAACUAUGGCCCUCAAUUAAGAAAUAGUGAAAGAAUUGAUUCUAUGGCAAGCGACGUUGCUUUAAAGAAUGAAGUUGUCGUGGAACCAGACCCUGAUGAUUCUAUGGCAGUUGAAUCUGAAGACAAUGAAUUCCACUUGAGGAAGGUGUGCCAGGAAUCCAUUCCUGGUGAAUCUGAAAUAGAAUCUCCCACUUUGGCAUGUAAGAAUACAAUGGAACCUGAUCCUGAUGAUUCUGAAGCAAUGGGAUCCGGGGUAGAUACCAUCAAGGCAGGGAUGAGCAGGGAUAAACCUGAUCGUGAUGAUUCCCUGGGCAAUGAAGUUGAUAGAGAUGAGGCUGAUACCAGUGGAAAAGAUGAGGGCAAACAUGCAACUUCCAGUACAGCAGCUGAUGAACCUGAUCCAGAUGAUGGAGCAUUACAGAGAAUCCAAGACCCAGUAGCUGUUGUUUGUAACCGUCUUCAGAAGGCCAUUGACAUGCUAAGGUAUGAGGUUGGCUCGGAGGCUGCUUCUGUCCUUCAAACUCUUUUCAAGAUCAUCAAAAACGUCAUUGAGCACCCUGAUGAGCUGAAGUUCAGAAGAUUGCGAAAGGGUAAUCCCUUAUUCCAGAAGAACGUGGCCAACUAUAAAGCUGCAAUGGAAGUACUCUUUCUGGUUGGGUUCAAUGAAGAUACUGUACUUGACGAAAUAGGGAGAGUGGAAACGUAUGUGGUGUUGAAGAGGAACGAUCCUGGUCUAUUGUGGCUUGUUAAGUCCUCAUUAGAGAUGUGCAUUGCUCACUAGUCUCCCGUGAAGAGUUAUCAGAUAAUAGCCUGGUCUAUUGUGGCUUGUUAAGUCCUCAUUAGAGAUGUGCAUUGCUCAUUAGUCUCCCUUGAAGAGUUAUCAGAGAAUAGUGACCACAACUACAUAUCCGUCCCUUCAAAGAGAGGAAAACAACUACAUAUUUAAUUGUAUGUGUAUAGCAUGUAUAUGCCUGUUUAGAUAACGGAAGGGAGAUUCGAAAAGUGAAUGAAAAACAAAGAAAUGCUGAAAUUGGCAGUUGAAAUCAACUGUAAAAGUGUAUUUUUCUUCCUUGUGGUAUUAAGUUCACUUCGACAUUAUUGUAACGAGGGUAUACUGAAAUGAGAUUGUAAGCAUAAAGCAUUGUAUAUGAACGUUGUUAACAAUUUAUGAGUGUUAAGUUUGAAAAAGAAUGGCUG